UUCCUGGGCCUUUGUCGUCUGCGCACUCUUUUCCGACUGUUCAUAGUGAUACUUUCCUUUGUAUCUUUGUUCCUGCACUGCUUGCUGCGACGUGGGCAGCUUCACACUACGCCGUCUCUGCGACCACCACAGUCGGUCUUGCGCCACAGCAGAGAAACCAUCACGAAUACGAGGCAUGUGCUGAGCACCUCCCUCGUCUCGACGCUCGUCAUACCCACCCUCGCCCGCGCGCACACGCAGUCACGCUCGCUCUUCCACGCGCACACGCGCACAAUGGCUUCGACACUGUCAACAUGGCUGCUCUCGCGGGACGAGAGCAUCGGGCAGAAGUUCGAAGAGAUUAUGAACAAGGACCCAUUGGGUUCUCAAGUGCAGUCAGACUCGGUCAUUAUCGCUAUCGGCACCUCGCUCGGUAUCACCGGUGCCAUCUUCCUGGCCUUCCUACUGCUGCGACCUUUCAAUACUAUCGUUUACGCUCCCCGCCUACGGCACACAGAUGAUAAGCACCGACCGCCGCCGCUCGACAAGUCGCUGUUCGCCUGGUACAAGCCCGUGUUCAAGACGAACGAGGACUAUUAUGUCGACCGGAUCGGCCUGGACGCAACUGUCUUCCUUCGGUUCGCAAGAAUGUGCCGCAAUAUGUUCAUCACCCUGGCUGUCUUUGGUUGCGCCAUUAUCAUUCCCGUCAACAUUACCUAUUCGAUCAGACAGGGCAGGAUCAAGAACUUGGGCGACGAGUCGAAAUACAUCUUUGUCAUGAUGACGCCCUCACAGUUGUCCGGUGAGGUUUUCUGGGCUCACGUGGUUGUCGCAUACAUCUUCGACAUCAUUGUUUGCGGUUUCUUGUGGCGGACAUACCGAGCUGUGCACCGACUGCGACGCAGAUACAUGGAGAGCGCCGACUAUCAAAACAGUCUGCACGCUAGAACUCUGAUGGUCACCGACAUUAGCAAGAACCUGCGUAGCGACAAUGGCCUGCUGGAGAUCACGGACAGCUUGAAGACCACGCCAGAAGUACCGCGCACAACUAUUGGCAGGAACGUCAAGGACAUCCCAGAUAUGAUCGAAGCGCAUGAGGAAGCCGUCAUGGAGUUGGAGGCGGUCCUUUCAAAGUACUUGAAGAACCCAAAUCAGUUGCCUGUCGAGCGCCCGCUAUGCACACCAUCUAAGAAGGAUCCGGAGUUUACGGACAAGAAGCAGAAGGUGGACGCCAUUGACUACCUGACUGCGAGAAUCCAGCGUCUGGAGCUGAAGAUCAAGGAAGCUCGUGAGACGGUUGACAACAGGGAUGCCAUGCGCUUUGGAUUCGCCAGCUACGAAACCCUCGAGUCUGCACACACUGUUGCAUUUGCCGCACGCAGUAAGCACCCCCAAGGGACCACUGUUCGCCUUGCUCCCCAGCCAAAGGACAUCAUCUGGAAGAACUUGCUCCUCAAUCCAAAACAGAGACGAUGGCGACGUUUCGUAAUGAAUAUGUGGAUCACCCUGCUCACAGUUCUUUACUUCAUUCCAAACGCCGGUAUUGCUAUCUUCUUGUCCAAACUCAACAAUCUCGCCCUCUUUUGGGACGCUUUCAAGACAGAGAUGAGCGCACACCCUAAAUUCUGGGCCGUUGUGCAAGGUAUUUUGGCGCCAGCAUUGACUUCGCUGUUCUACUAUUUUCUGCCCAUCAUCUUUCGUCGCCUGUCCAUCAAAGCCGGUGACCAGUCGAAGAGCUCCCGCGAGAAGCAUGUCCUCCAUCAGCUCUAUGCCUUCUUCGUUUUCAACAAUCUCGUAGUCUUCUCGAUCUUUUCGGCCGUCUUUCAGAUCAUCAUGAGCGCUCUAGCGGCACGUCAGGGCGACGCAAGCUUCGCAGCAGUCGUCAGGUCCAUUGAGCCUUUCCAGCAGCUCAUGGGUGCACUUUGUAACGUAUCGGCGUACUGGGUCACUUGGCUCGUCCAGCGCAACCUCGGUGCGGUCAUCGAUCUGUCCCAGGCUGUCAAUCUGGCUUGGGGCUCCUUCUCGCGCAAGUUCCUGAACCCAACACCUCGAGAACUCAUCAAGCGAACCGCUCCGCCUCCAUUUGACUACACGAGCUACUACAACUACUUCUUAUUCUACUCGACAGUCACUCUGGUCUUUGGGUCAUUGCAACCCAUUACUCUCGUUGUCACUGCAUUUUACUUUACCCUCGACUCCUGGAUGAAGAAGUAUCUGUUGAUGUACGUGUUCUGCACCAAGAACGAGACAGGAGGCCUCUUCUGGCGCGUUUUGUUCAACCGUAUGCUGUUUGGUGCCUUCCUGGCAAAUGUCAUCACCAUAUGUCUGGUCGCGACCAAAGGUGGCACAUCGCAGUAUAUAAUGGCGGCUGCUAUGGCUCCCCUGCCAUUCCUUUUGCUCGGCUUCAAGAUCUACUGCAAGAAGACAUAUGACCACUCGAUAAAGUACUACACCCACGGCAACACAAACAAGGGCGCCGAGGCCCAGACACCAAUCGACAAGGAAUUGCGCAGACGCGACCGCGUCGCAACCCGCUUCGGACACCCUGCUCUCUACCAGAAGCUGACCGUACCAAUGGUGCACGAGAAGAGCAAGCAUCUCCUCGCAGAAGUCUAUCGCGGGCGCCUUGAUGGCGAUGUAGGCGAUAACGCAGCUUUCGGUGACGUCUACUCCAUGAAGCGCAUGAGCACGGAGAAUCCGGGCAAGAUCGCAACAACAGCGACUGGACCCUUCGAGUUCGUUUCCGAGAAUAACAUGGAUUACGAGAACUUCAAAGACCGCUCCGAGUUUAACUCUGACCGCGGCUCUAUGUAUGGUGACAGCAGUCGCCCUGACUCGCCGUCGACACUUUGGGGUGACAACGGACGCGGGCGAUCAUCAAGUCGCGGCUCGACAAGAGGUGGCAACGAGGACGGUGCUACAUAUCCGGCAGGCUACCAUCAAACGCCCAGCAACCUGCGGGAGUACAGUCCCAGUCCGGAGCCUGAGUUGCGCCAUGUUGAAAGCAACUCGAGCCAACCAUAUCAGAUCCACGAUGAUCACAACCUACUGAGUGGCGCGGCGCCGAUGGGUCAUCAGACCUCAAGUGGCUAUACGCCGUAUAGUCCGGAGAGGGAUGGCGAGGGGGGGAAUGACUACUUCAGAAGGUAGUUGUAGCAUGGAGGAUACUGGGACGAGUUUCAUUGCAUAGAGGGUUCAAUCACUUUCAUAUGUCGGCAUGGUGGAGGUUCUUUUUGCAUCUAGAAGGCGUUCGGUGCCCACACAUAGCCACUCCGGCGAGCUCAUUCACAUGCAUAGCGUUCCACGAACUGCCCAAUCUAAAUCGCACGUCG